AUGGUAUAUGAUGAAGUGAGCUUCACUUCUGUCAGGACAACGUUUGCUGUGAGUCCUGUCGCUAAACCGAUUUUUCCCGAUUUUAUCAAUCCAGACCCGGGAAAGUACCCCAACCGGGCAGUGGCUUCUGCUGAGAUCGCCUACACUCCGAAAGGUCGUAAGAGUUGA